AGUCCUAUUUGGUUUUUGUACCCACCAGAAAAUGUGUUAAUUUUGCUUUGGUUUUUUGGGUUUUGGUGUGUCCAUGGACACCACCAAUACUCUUUCUUGCCCCAUCCCACCUCUCUCUCCUUUUGCCCUAAAAGCACAACCCGCUUCCUACAUAAAGCUCGUUCCUUUCCCCUCUCUCCCACUCUACACUUCCAUGCUCCAACACUGUCACAUGGGUUUUCCAUCUCACCCCAAAACGCCCCACCAAGUUCCUCUGUUCCCUUAACCCUUCUACCACCAAUCAUGCCUGAGAACACACACUCUGCUACCUCUAACCUUCUCUGUUCGGAGAACAGUAGUACCUGCUUCGACGAUGAUUUGGACUGCGAUGCCGCGGACGCCUCCAGAAUCUCGCAUUUCUGGGACCACGGGAACGUUAACUCUGAACUCGAGGCUAGUGGAUCGGAGUUGUUGGCGUGUUUUGUGGCGCAGAGUGAGGAGACUGUGAGGGCUAUGGUUGAGAGAGAGAGGGAGCAUUUGCCGAGGGAGGAUUACCUUAAGAGGCUCAGAAGUGGGGAGUUGGACUUGAGUGUUAGGAGGGAGGCUCUUGAUUGGAUUUGGAAGGCUCAUACUUAUUUUGGCUUUGGACCCUUGAGUUUUUGUUUGGCUGUGAACUACUUGGAUCGCUUCCUGUCGGCUUUUGAGUUACCGGGAGGUGCAAGUUGGACUGUGCAAUUGUUAGCUGUUGCUUGCUUGUCAAUUGCAGCUAAAAUGGAGGAGAUUAAAGUGCCUCAAUCUGUAGAUUUACAGGUUGGAGAACCAAAGUUUGUGUUCGAAGCAAAAACCAUUCAAAAAAUGGAACUACUGCUUUUAAGCACAUUGAGAUGGAAAAUGAGCGCUGUAACUCCUUGUUCCUUCAUAGACUACUUCCUUGGUAAGAUCACUUGUGAGCCGCAUCCAGCAAAAUCAGUCAUUUCAGGAUCACUGCAGCUCAUCCUUGGCAUAAUCAGAGGUAUUGACUUCUUGGAAUUCCGGCCUUCUGAGAUUGCCGCCGCUGUGGCAAUUUCCCUUUUAAAGGAAUCGCAAGCAAAAGAGAUCGAUAAGGCCAUGCCUGAUUUCUUAAUUGUAGAGAAGGGGAGAGUUCUAAAGUGUGUUGAAUUGAUAAGAGAUUUGUCCCUGAUCAAUGUUGCUGCUAGUAAGGUGCCAUUUGUGCCCCAAAGUCCUGUUGGGGUGCUUGAUGCUGGGUGCUUAAGUUUUAAGAGUGAUGAAUUAACAGUUGGUUCAUGUCCAAAUUCUUCACAUAAUAGUUCAAAUCCAAACACUACUAAGAGGAUCAAACCUGAUGGACCUUCUAAUGGAACCUCCAAGUCAUGAAAUGUGAAUUUUCUUCCUUCACCAAAGUUCAUUUAGUUUGGUUGAAUGGUGUAGUCUUGGAAUUCCUUGGAAACACUCUCAAUGAGAGUGUGUUUUGGAUGAAUAAGAUAGGAAUUAAGUGGCUGUGAUAGAAGCAUGGACAUGGACAGAAGGUGUUGAUAGUUUUAGUUUAUAGUCAGAUUACAGAAACUGCUACAAAUACUAGGGACAUGCAGUUGGUGGAGAAAAUUUUGAUGCAACGUUGUGGAGGCAAAGGCACAGCAUGUCAAGUAUGAAUGUAAUAUUUGGAGAGGAGAGGAGAGGAGAGCUAUAAUUGUUGUCCAUGUGAAUGUCCUACUCAUUUUAGAAGAUAAUUAUUAAUAUAUAAAUCAAAUUUUUUAUAGGCUGUUUCUUAA